UCGUCCUGUAUCCCGUCGAGGUUCCAGACCCCCUCUGAUUCACUGGUGUUGAAGGAAGGUCAAGGUUCAUCGGUCCAGGAGCCUGUCCUGGCCUCCCCUGCUGACCCCCCUCUGGGUCCGGCCGACACCCCUCACUGGGCCAGCGUAGACAAUCCUCCCACCGCAGCGGAUAACGUGGACCAUGUCCGCCUUGAUACCGCUCAGGUAACUCUUCAAAUAUAUUUUAUUUAAUAUCAUCAUUUUAUUCAGGUACCUGGUCUAGGACAUUUUAUUUUGUCUUUAUUUUACCAGGAGAUCUAUUAAGGUUGAGAACCUCACAUUGGAUGUUAUUGAGGUAUUCGUUCACAGUCACACAAUGGAACCAAUUCACUAAUAGUUUUCUACUGAAUGAUUCCAAUAUCAUGCAGUCAUGAUCGUUGUAUCUUCCUGUCCUCCAGAAUGCAGCAGUGUACUCUGCCCGUGUCCACACUCUGGGUCGCUACGUGUUCAUCCUUCACUACCACCAGCCCCUCCACCCCACCUACCCUGUCCAGGUCUUCAUCAACGGCGGACGCAUCUGGCAGGGUGAGCCCUAGAGACACACACUACACCACCUAAAAUAUCUCUCUAUAUCAAUAGUUGUACUAUCACUGUUAAAAGAUUAUUAAAGGACUCGAUCACGAUCUAUAAAUGAGCAAAAUACAGGAAGCAGGAAAAGUGACAGAAUAUCACAAUAAUCUUUUGACAGUUAAAUUUUUUACUUUUGACAGAUGAAUUUGAAUCUUUUGACAGUUGAAUUUGAAUCCUUUGACAGUUGAAUAUGAAUAUUUUGACAGUUACAUUUAAAUAUUUUGACAGUUGAAUUUCAAUCUUUUGUAAUCUUUUUGUAAUCGCCAUCCUCCUCCAGGCCACGCCAACGCCUCCUUCUGUCCCCAUGGUUACGGUUGCCGUAGCGUUCUGAUCUCUGAGAACCAGAUCAUUCUGGAUGUGACGGACAACGAGAUCUUCCUGACUGUCCAGGUCCCUGACAGAAAAACACUAUGGCUGGUAAGUUAGUCUAGAAACACUGAGAGCAAAUGUCUCCAUUUUAGUGAAAGACAAGUGAGGAUGAAAAAUGAAUUCAUAGAUCUUAUGGUUGUUGUCCAUUUCUCAAAUCAGUUGUCUGCUUGCAGAGCUAAACACCUAUUUCAGUACAGAUAGAGGUGUUAAGGGUAUAACGUUCUAAAAACAUCUAUCCGUGUUUAUGUGUUUCAGGACUAUGUUCUGGUGGUACCAGAGGGCAGUUACAGCUCCAGUUACCUGUCUGAACAACCUCUGGACAAAUCAUACGACUUCAUCAGCAACUGUGGACAGAACAGCUUCUACGUCAAG